CGCACGAGCCCAGCGAGCCUUGCACGAGGCCCAGCUACCCGUCCAGUCUCCUCCUCUGCUCCGGCCGGCUCGAACCGUAUAUUAUCUCUCCCCUGCAUCUCCGCGAAUCUGACCGAGGCUUGGUGGUCAGACAGGGAGAGACCCAUGGAGACCAAGGCCAAGGACGCAUGGGGCCUGGCGCUGGUGCUCUUCCUCGGCCAGCUCGUGGCCUUCUCCAUGGCCGCCGCCAGCUUCGCCUCCUCCUUCCUCGCCAAUCUCGGAGUUAACACACCUCUCACACAAUCCUUCUUCGCCUACCUCCUGUUGACUCUGAUUUAUGUGCCGAUCCUCUUGCACCGACGGCAGAAGCCACGGAUACCUUGGUACUGGUACUUGGCGCUGGCCUUCGUCGAUGUCCAGGGGAACUAUCUAGUUGUCAAGGCAUACCAGUACUCGUCCAUCACCAGCGUAACGUUGUUGGACUGCUGGACCGUUGUAUGGGUCAUCAUCCUCACCUGGUACGCACUGGGCACAAGGUACUCCUUCUGGCAAUUUCUGGGGGCAGGGACCUGCGUGGCAGGGCUAGGCCUUGUGCUCCUUUCAGAUGCAAAAUCUACAGAUGAGCAAGAUGGGGGUCAAAUGCCACUUCUAGGGGAUGCCCUUGUUAUUGCCGGGACAGUUUGUUUUGCAUUUAGCAAUGUUGGAGAGGAAUACUGUGUCAAGAAGAACGAUCGGGUAGAGCUUAUCGCGAUGCUUGGACUAUUUGGCCUGUUUGUCAGUGCAAUUCAGAUAUUCAUAUUCGAAAGGAAGAGCCUAGAAGCAGUUGCCUGGUCUCCAACAAUGAUAAGUUUGUUCGCAGGAUUUGCCGUUGCAUUACUAGUGUUCUACACCAUUACUCCUUUUGUCCUCAAGAUGAGUGGAUCAACAUUGUUUAAUCUCUCACUCUUAACAUCUGACAUGUGGGCAGUCGCCAUUCGACUACUGUUCUAUCAACAACAGAUAAACUGGCUGUACUACGUAGCAUUCACAGUUGUGGCCAUUGGAUUAAUCGUCUACUCACUGAAUUUGAGUUCUUCAGCCGAUGGAAGAGCUACAGGUACAGAAGUUGCACCUCACUAUCAACAACUUCCAAGCGAGGAUGGCUCAACAAGUGGUUCUAAUUUGGACAGCCAAAAAAAGAAGCAACUGGAAGGAGCUCAUGGUAUCUGUUAGGGGGUCAACGUACAAAGUCAGCUCCAUGGUUUCGGAUAUGGCCAAAAUCAAAUACAGCAGCAGAAAAUGUGCAGAGAAUAAAAUCAUGUAUAUGCAGAAACAUUAUUUUUCAAGCGAAAGAAUAUUUUGUGUUAGGAUGGUUAAAAGAAUAUUUUUUGUAACAUGUAGUCCAGUACAUACUUGGUAACAAAGGAAUGAAAAAGAAAUUCAUCAUCA